UAAAAAAAGUAACAAAAAAAUAAUGGCCUCAGAAUAUGGUUUUUGGUUAAUUUGUUGUUUAGUUGGCGUUUUGUUGUUGUAUUGCCUUUUCGAACUACAUUACUUCCUACGUAUGUGCCUGUGUGUAUUUUUGGCUCGUUUUGUCAAAAGAAAAUGUCAUAUCCUCGAAACGACAACUGUAUCCGGUCUCUGCCUAACCAAUGACAUCGAUACGCUGUUGUAUCACAUGAAUAAUGCACGAUAUUUAAGAGAAUUAGAUUUCGCUCGAGUCGAUUUCUAUGAACGCACCAAUUUAUAUCGUACAAUUGUGGCCAAAGGUGGUUCCGUAUUUCAGGGAGCGGCGACCAUAAGAUAUAGGCGGUUUAUAAGGCCAUUUUGUAGAUUUAAAAUUGCUUCCAGGAUAAUCUAUUGGGAUGAUCAAUCGGUAUUUAUGGAACAUCGUUUCAUACGACCAUCCGAUCAAUUUAUACACGCCAUUGCGAUAUGUCGUCAACGUAUUGUCGAUUGUUCGGCCGAGGAUGUUAUGAAUGAAUUGCUAUCGCCGAAAACCGCCCAGCUGCAGGCAUCCCGCAACACACUGAGUUCCACGGUGACACUCGAUCAUGCCAUAGCCAGUACAAAUGUCGAUCAAGAUAUGGCCGAAAAUGGCCAAGUUCAUACGAAAAUAAAACCCGACCUGCCACCAGAAAUACAAAAAUGGAUCGAAUAUAAUGAUUUAUCGAGUAAGAAUUUACGGCCUAACUCUUGA